AUGGAAGAGCCAGUGGAUAACGACAACAUUCCGCGGAUCCCUGGGUUGAACCUGGUUCGUGAUACGUCUUCAGCGGCUGCGCCGACCACUUCUGAAGGGCAACGUAUUAGCCGUCGAUCUGACAGGAUUCAGAAGCUCUUAGAAACGAUUCUUCUGACUUUCCGAUACGAGUUCGAGAGUCUCCCUGUUGAAGCUCAACAAGCAUACUCGCGGUUCCAACAGAACCAAAAUUAUGUCGAGUUUGGUGCCGCUCUAAAGCUGUUACUUCUAGAAGAGCGUCUCGGCACAUUCAUGAAAGGGUCUCCUGCAUUCUUACAUGCUGCCGUCGAUUUGUUCGCUAGCAGAUAUCCUCACUUGGGCCUCCGGGAACUUCUUGACGGGGUAGAAGGUCGCACCAAGGCAGGCCCGUCGAGGCCAAGAUCAUCUCGCCAGUCUUCCAGGUCUCCACGUCGUGCGAAAAAGGAAGCAUUGCGCAAAACCGAGGACCAGCAAGCUGGCGAGCCUUUGACCGUCCCCUCUAACGCAGCCUUGGCUAGAACCCUUACCGUGAGUGCGCGAAGCCGUCAGCGAGGUGGUGGGCAGCAAGAGUCACUAUCUUGGACCAGACUCGAGCCACGUCCUUUCGCACAACCUCCCCAAGACACCGCUGGCUCUUCGGCUGCGGUUCCUCCCGUCAAUGUUGAGCCUACCGAGUUCACCGAAACUCGGGAGCAGCAACAAGGUCAACCUGCCACUACUAGGAUGCCGUUGAUACCAGGUUUUACGAUUAGUACUCGGACUAGCACUGGAGCACCUGGAACUGAAGAGUCUCGCCGAGCCCAAAAUGAGGCUUGGCUCAAAAACUACAUCAAGUCCCGCGGUGGUCUCAAGCUUGACUUCCACCGUUAUCCCUAUAAGGGAUGGAAAAUUGAGCAGCCCAGAAUCCUUCUCCAUCGAGCCAAGAACUUUCUUGCUGAUGAGGACACUGACCGGACUUUGAACUGGGGCGAGAAAUUUGCAGAGUUGACCGAGUAUUUCUCAUACCUCCUUUACAAUUGGCAGGGCGAAGAUUGGGGCGCCGAGCUCCACGAAGUUAUUGAUAUGCUUCAUACGCACUGGAUCUUCGAGCAGUAUCACUAUGGCACGGCUAAGUUGAACCUCAGUUUCAAUGACGUGUGGCCGAAGCAGAAUAAGAGACGGCCUUCAAUUCCGAGUGCUGAGUUUGCUACUGAUGGUUCAGGAGACGACGACAUGAGCGAGCGAACUUUGCUUCUCAACCCAAUCCAGCCUGCCAUUGAUGUACACUACAAACUGCCUGAAAAUAUUCUCAAGAAGUAUGUCAGCGUAUACACAUCAGAAGUUCCAUACUUUUGGGGCUUUGCACCUGAUCCUCAAUCUCCACCCCACGAACUGGUCAAGAUCGAGAACAACGCUUUUGAGAAAAGCCUCUUCUCGGGGAUGGCAGCUACAGACAAGAACAUCAAGAAGGCCGAGGCCGAUUUCAAGAAAGAAGGCGACAAAGAGCAUUUCAGCACCAACGCAUUCAAUGCAUUUGCCACGCUCAGGGGAACUCAACGAGCAGCUCUUCAGCAAACUCUUCGCUUUAUGGAUAACGCAGAAAACCUUGAAGUCUGCAAUGUCUUCCGUACACUUGUUCUUCCUUCACCCAAGAUCCCGGAGAAGCCGGACGCGGGUAUCAUUCUCCCUGUCAUGCAGGUAGCUGAGGUUCCUAAGGGGGAGUCUCGUGACCCUUUUGGUUUCACCUUGGCACUCAAAUCGUUCACUGACUGGGAGCGUUACUGGGCAGAUCUUGUGCGUGAGCAUUCUGUCAAAGAGUGCCAUGGCCAUAAACGAUGGCUUGAGCGUAAGGCGCCUAUCAUGGAUCUGCCUCAAAACUGGAGAGGACCGAUUAAUCAUGAUUACUUGGACCACGAGAUGAAGAAGUCUUUGACACUUUUGAGAAGGUGUCAAACCCUACGGGAACGAAUCUCGCUCCAGAAGGAAAGAAAUCGGCGUCCCUUCUUGUCCAAUGUUUUCCACUUCUUGCUUGAAGGAAUCUCGGGCAUGCGAUGGGAGAAAACGGAAAUAGAGUUCCAAGGGGAAGACUUCGUGCCUGGCACCAAACAAUUGGCUCAUAUUCGACCUAAGGAAGAAGACUUCUUGAGACUUCUAGGCGACUACUCUAUUGAUUCAUCCACGAUACACCACAGCACCAGAGCUGAAUAUACCAGCCCUCGCUCCAAGAUUUUCGAACAAAGAGUUAUGAGAAUUCUGUAUGGAGAGGGUAUAACGGAUGUCCCAUGGUAUUCUUUCGACGACUUCCUGGAGGAGCUCAAUCGAGAUUGCUAUGGCCCUGUGAAGCACUGGAGAUUCUCCAGUGACGAAGCGGAGUAUGAAUUGGAUUUACUGGAGAAGAAAAACAUUAUUGAACGAGACGAAGAUGGGGGCGUGAGCCGUGCCAGAGCUGAUGUUCAUCCUGAACAUCGUGUCAGGUGGCUCGACACAGAUUGGGACCUAGAUGCAUUCUUGCGUGGCUUGGAACUCGGAGGUGAAGAAAACUCGGGCAAUACUAAUCCCAGUAAGGACGUUGAGUCGGACGUUGAUACCAUGUCAACCAAGAUCAGCAUCCCCGACUCCAAUGAUUUUGGAGAUUACAUGUUCGGACUACCCAAUAUCGAGAAACUCCGCACCUGGGAAGAGGUCGUUGACGGCGACAACGGGGCUAUUUUAGAAGAUCUUCCGAGAACCCAACAGUUCUUCAGACGCCUCUGUUUCCGACUUGGAAAAACCAUUCAUGACCUGAGCAAAAAGCGGGAGGUGUACAGGCGCCAACUUACUCGCGACCAGCGUGAGCGUAACCGCCAGUUUGUCCACGAGGUCACGCGCCUAUGGCACCUAGAUGCCGAGCAGAAAGCGUUUAUCAAGAGUGAGGAUCCCCCACUAGAGGAGAAAGAUAUCGUUGAGAUGGCAACGCAAGAGAAGAUUGCACCUUGUGGAGAGGAUUAUAUGGAUGUGAUUCGCAAGGGGAUCAUUCGCGAAGCAUAUGAAAACAAGAGCAUGCUGUUUCCAAACCGCAUCUAUCGUCACGUAGGCGAUAAAGGUAAGAUGAUAGAGGCGCCCCGUCGUCGUGAGCCGGUCUGGUCUUUUGCGCACCCUGAACGAAAGGGUAAGGCGCCGCGAUACUGGGACAUCAACCGCUGGCCUGUUCAUCUGCAGAGCGAGGAGACAGCCGCCAGUAUCAGAUCCUCUGGACCUCAAGGUCCCCCAAGUCGGAGGAGGAAAUCGACCAAGAAGCCAAAAGUCUCAUUCUCCUCCCCUUCUCCCCCAGGGGCUGAGCUGCAGCCUCAAGGUGAACAAGAGACACAGUCCAAACCAAAGGCACCUUCACCUGACGUUACUGAAGAGAUGGAUACAGAGGUGGAUACAUCUGGCUCCCAAGUUCAAACUAUCCCAGGGCUUGGCAAGAAUUUUGCUGUCACAUUUGACGACUUGGCAGACUCUCGUCGUACCUUUACACCUGGUCCUCCACGAUACUUCCUCGGCGAUACGCCUCUGCAGAAGCAGGCUAUUGAGAACUUUGUUAAAUCAGGUAUUGAAUCGGCGGAACCGCGCACAUGGCGGCAACGCUUCGGGGGUCUCUUCGGCCGCAGAGAGGUUCCAGAUGAUCCUACGGCUCUGCCAGAAGUCGAUCCUCGUAAUAUCCCCAAGAGUAGACCUCGAACUGAGUCGUCUGAGGAGUCAGAGGAUGAGUCUUCUGAGAAGGAAAUGCCAGAUGCUGACGACGGCGACGAGGAUGACGACGACAGAGAUAUUGAAAUGGAGGAAGUUGAAGCACAGCUCUACAGUGAGAGCGAAGCUGGUCCAUCCUCAGCAUCACUCUUCACCCGUGCGGAAGCACCUUCACCAAUGGUACCGGCAUUCCCACGCGGGACAAACCCUGGCUUCGAGUCACCUCCAGUGCCUGGGACGUCUGCAGAGGAAGCUAGCGAUGAAGAGGCACCAGCCAUGACCGUGCGAGCAGUCGAGGAGUCGGGGUCUAGACGAUCUCGGCCUUGA